AUGUGCAACUACACUCAGCGCGAAUUCCACUGCGGUCACGUCCGGUGGAUUGUGUCGCGGUGGUGCCCAGUUUACACGAGGACCCAACGACGAUGCCCACCUUGCGUUACACAUUUUGAAUACCGCGGCGAUGAAGUCUGUGGUGAAUGCAAACCAUCCGCCCCGAUUGUAUGGGAGAGCAUGAUCAGACGGUACGAAUUCUUUAUCGUUGCAGGUGUAAUUUGGCUAAGCAGAACAGCAACAACACCCCACUGGGUCAACAAGUCUCAGAACGAUUAUGGUAGCCUUAGGGACCUUUACGGGAGCGAUGUUAAGGAGCUGGUGGAAUCGGAGACGGAUCUCGUUCCGGAAUGCUCGGCGUGUAAUCGAGGGCGAAUCCACUAG